GCUGUAGUCAAAUCGUAAUGACAUCAAUAUAUUAAAUUAUGUAAGUUGAAGCGAAACAAAACAAUUCGUCAGCCCAAGUUCCUUUGUCAUUGUCAGUUGUAUGUUCCGAUACACUAAACAUAUUAUUCUACAGAUGUUUUUCGAUAAAAUAUUGUAAGAGUUAAUUUUUUUGUUAAUUAAUUAGAUGGAGAUUGGAUUUUUGCAUUCUACGCGCGAUGAAAGUUGCAGUGAAAAACGUGGGCAUCGAAUUUUUGAUCGGGGAAAAUUGCAUCGUUCUUGUCGUUAAAACAAAAUUUUUUUGCUAACAACAAACUUAAUUUUCUUUUAAUUUCAUUAUUAUUAUAGAUAAUUAGUACGAUUAGUACCAUCGCGGUUAUUAUAGUUUUAUCUGCGUAAAUGAUGAGCUCUUCUUGACCUUCGGGGUUCCCGCCAUUUUUAGUUUUGCUUUCCGUGGGUACGCACUGGCAGGGCGACACCUCUCCACUGCAUUGUGUUGCGUUACAGCGUGGUUGGUUACAGCGCAGUCGAAGAAAGAACGUUCCCUGUGUGGGUAAAUUCUCGGAACGUUUGCCGCGUUUUUUUGUAGGAAAUGGCCCUCCCUUCUCUUCAGUUUCGUAUACAAAUAUUGCGAUCUCCGUAACAAAGCAGAUAUCAGACAAUGGAAAUUGGAUUUUUGCAGUCUCGGACACAAAAGCAGAUCGGACAGUAACGAACUCUGCCAUUGUGCCAUUGUCCAUUGUAGAAAAGUCUUUCUCUCGUCAAGUUUCGAUACGAGCUGUGGUCAGUGUCUUGUAUUGAAUCACUAAAAUAAAGAUCGAAAAUCUCAUUGCUGACGUUCGUGGUUAUCAUUUAUCAGCGAGAACUGAAUCAACGGAAUCAACGAAGUCGUUGAGUCAUCUUCAUAUUUCUAGCAGCUGCUUUUACAAGAACCUGAUCAAUAGGGUUACAUCAUCCGUCACUGAGUAUACUAAUUACUGAAGCACGUGAUCACUUCCAACCAAAAGUAUAGAAAGAGAUAAAAUCUGAAAAACAAAAUAUAAUUACUGAAUCAACAUUGCCCUGCAGAUAAGAUGAUUUCUGGUCGGUACUCGGGGAAUUAUGGACUAUCAUAUUUGGAACACACUACAGAAAUGGCAGUGGAAAACCAAUCUCUUACAGAGUUUAAAUGGAUUUUGCGUGAUUGGUCUCUGCUGUACGACACGACGUAUUCCCAAGGGUUGUUAUCUGAUUCGUUCCCCCUUGACGGAAUAGAUGAGUGCACUUGCCAGUUGUCCUUCAAACCAAAGAAUCUCAAAAAUCUUCUAGCUAUUGAGUUUUCAGAUUCUUCACGUUUUUUGGCAAUGAAAAUUCAGAUUACUAUCAAUACAGUAAAACAAUUUGAGAGAUGUUAUUCGCAUCCAGUUCCCAGGAUUAUUUAUCCCCCAGGGCUUGAGAUAUCACUUGAAAAAAAAGAAUUGGAUGUUCUUUUAAAAGAUGGUCUAAAUUAUUUGGGUGACACAUCGAGAUAUAUCACGGUGAAGUUUCUCAUCUUCAAAUUUCCCACAUUUCAAAGCUUUCCCCGCCAAAUACCAACAACAAAAGUUAUACGAAGCUCAGAAACUUUAUAUGAGAAGAAGACAUUUAGUGAUGUAACUUUUGUAUUUGAUGAUAAAGAGUUACCUGCUCAUAAAGUUGUCCUCGCACUACGAAGCAAAGUUUUCGAAGCAAUGUUUUUAAGCGACAUGAAAGAGAAAGAUACGAGCACAGUUGAAAUUGUUGAUACAACAGCUGAGAUCUUUGAGGAAUUUCUCAAGUACUUGUACACUGGGGAAUUGAAUGAUUUGAAAAAUAAAGUUGAAGAAAUGUUGUUGUUGGCAGACAAAUAUCAGGUUUGCGAGUUGAAAGAUUUGUGCGAAAAUUUUUUGUUGGAAAAUAUUUCUGAAGGAAACGUCAUCAAAAACUUUUUCGUUGCGGAUAAGUAUCGUUGCGCCACGUUGAAGAAAAAAGCUCUUAACAUACUUGAAAAAAGUGCCAAUGCAUUGAAACAAGCAAUUAUGAGUGAAGACUUCGAGACUUUAAUGAUUUUGAAAGAGGUGUUGGCCAAAAAGGAUUGUUCCUCCUUGAAAAAGUAAUUGUUAAAUGGAAAUUACGGACUGAUUUUUUUUUCUUUAUUUUAAAAUUGAAAAUAAAAGAUCUAUUUCACGUUGACUUGGUGUGUAGUAUGCUUAUCGAUAACCACGAUAAUCAUGCGCUGCAGAAUUCAAAAAAGGCACAUGGACAUAUUAGUUUGUUUGGAAUCGCAUGCAAAAUAUACGCAAAAAAUGUAUCUUAAUAGAAAUGAAGAUACUUCUUACGAGAAAUGCGUGCAUCGAUUUUUGAAAACGCAAAAUUGUCGCCAAAUUCAUUUUAGUGAUUAAAUCAGUUUUCUUUGUUUUUCUCAUUUUUGUAAUCGUUUUUAUUUUUAAAUAUACGUGUGAACCAUUGUAUAUGAGAGGAAAAUUAUAUUGCGCUAAAAUUUAACUUCAACAAAGGCUUUUUCUUGAAUGCGUCUUACCUUUUUUUUAUCUUUUCAUAUUAUUUUAUGUGAUAAAAGUAUUUAUGUAAAUACACCCAACUGUAGGGAAUUUUUUCCGCACUUUUUGUUUCUUAACGAAAUGGGGGACC